AUGAAAUUCAGUGUGAAUUUGGAGGUCCUUGCUCAGGUGAAAGAAAGCUUAGCAAGAGACUUUGGAAGGCUACCAGCAUUGCUCAGUAAUAUUCAACUGCCAGUCCGGUUAGCAGUUGUACAUGGACUGGAAGCUGCCAUUUUGUCCUUCACCAUAGGCAGCAAAAUCCCCUGGGCUCAGUAUGAAAAUGCACAGAGCAGUCUUGUUAUUAUCCAUGAAGAAGAUGCAGAGGAAUGGGCACUGUAUUUAAAAACAAUUUUCAAGCAUCUCUUAUCAGAGGACAGAAUCUUGCUUUACAACAUGGGAUCUCCAUUCAUUCACCCCCUGGGAUUGCCAUCCCUGGGAUCUUACAGAUGUAAACUGCUGAUACUUUCAAGUGGACUUGUUAAUUGUCUGAACAAAAAGAAAAGACGUUUUCUGGACAAGAUCCUUCAGCCUCCUGAAAGGGUGGUUGUUUUGCUUUGUGGGAUUGAAAGUUCAGACGCUAUCUAUCAAAUACUGAAUAUAGACCCACACAAUCCAUUGAUUACCACUAAUCAUGAUCCAGAAGUCUACCUUGCAGUGAUUACUGGCAUUAUUCAACAAGAUGAGGCCUUGUCUUUGGAUUUAAAAAGGAGCUUAAAGCUAGAAAACCACCGUGUGGAAACUGAGGCAACCUCUGAAACAUUAGAAAGCCCAGCAGUCUUACUGUUGCCAACAAGGAUAUCAUGUGAGAAUCCUGGAGAAAUUUUCGUUCUUUUGAGAGGCGAAGUUCCUGAUGACUCAGUGGUGAUUGAAUUUGUGACAGAGAACAAAUGGAUCAGGACUGAGCCACACUUUUGGAGUCAGAAGGUCAGGUAUAUGAAAGCUUUAGAUUUUCCUGCUGGCUUUGUAAACGUAAAUGUCUACUGUGAGGGAGUCAUUAAAGCUUCGACACAGAUUGAAUACUACACAGCCGUUGAGGAGAUUGAAAGCAUUCUUCAGAAAGUGGCUGAUCCAAUAGUCUUUGCUUGUCAGGCUUCCAAGUUUUCCUCUGCUGAGAAAGUGGAUAAUCUUCUCACAUUCUUAUUGAAAAGUCCAAUCAUUUCUCACAAUUUCAGCGCCUUUCCAAAUGAAGUCAUGGAUCAUCAUCGACAGACUGACUCACAUUUGGAAGAGCUUCCUACUCUUCUCCACUGUGCAGCUAAAUUUGGAUUAAAGAAGCUUACUGCUUUUCUUCUCCAAUGUCCUGACGCAAUUCGGGCUUGUGGGAUAGCCAAUAAGUACAGAGAAAACCCAGCAUGUAUUGCAGAAAAGUAUGGCUAUAAGGAGAUUCAGAAAAUCAUCACCGAAUUGUCAAUAAAAGAAGACAGCAAGGAAAGCAACAAUCAGGAGGAGGAAGAAGUCGAGACAGUAGAUGAUACUUACGUGGUGAUGAUGAGCUCAGAAUCUCUCUGCAAUGGACUUUCAUUAGCCGCCAGGCCAAACCCAAGAGAACAGCCUGGAGCUUGCUGGAAAAUCCAGAAGGACUCGAGAAUGGUUGGUGAUGGAGAGGAACAGGAAAGAGAGGCUAAAACAGGAGAAGAAGAAGAAGAAAAUAAAUUAGGGGGAAAUCCACAAUGCUCAAGUGAGGAGGAGGAGGAGAAGGCUCCUAAAGGAAGAAGCAGAAAUGUGGUCUACCCUGAGAGGCCACCUUUGCCGCCUCGAAUCCCACUUACCACCGCAAGACAAGAUGAGGUUUUCAACUGGACCCCAGAAUGGGAAGCAGAGAAAGAACAAAAGAAAACCGAUGAGAUACACGAGAAGGAGAAAGAAGAAGGUGAAUCUGAGAAAUCAGAAGAGGAAGAUCCAUACAGCUCUGCUCUUGUGGAUGAUGGUGUGUACGAUAUCAUUUUUGACAACGACAACAAAGAGCGAAGAAAAGGUGGCAGGUCCUUUAUUAUGAACCGGCCACCAGCGCCUGCACCUCGUCCUUUGUUUGCACCUACAAAAGAGGAGAGCACUCCUUACAUAGCACAAGUUUUUCAGCAGAAGGCAACCAGAACUCAUGCUGGUAAUGAGAAGUUGCUGUGCGCUGCCAGAAAACCAGAUAAAGCUCAAGGUGAGAGGACCACAUACAGUACCGUCAAGCCAAGCAUCCCAUUGAGGCAAGAAGAGCUCAUCCUAUUGCAGGAGCAGGUGAAGAAGGGGAUACUUUCUGUGGAUGAAGCUCUGGAGAAAUUUAAAGAAUGGCAGAAUCACAGAAGUGGAUUAGAAGCGACCCAGCAGGAAAAAAUACGCCAGCUCAGAGACUCUAUUAUCAGAAAAAGACCGGAGGAGGAAAGCACGUAUGACAAAAUCACCAUUAUUCACCAUCCAGAUGUUCCCGUGGCGAGACGAAAAGCAAGUCUUAGUGCUGAAGGCAUUGUGUACACCCAUCCAUUUCCAAAGCAGACUCUGCUUUGAAACCCACCAGGGAAAGAGCAGGCGUCUCCUGAUAACAGAGAGCAGAUUGUUGGACCCCUUGCAGCGAUCAUUCUGCAUCACCAAGAGAUGAUCCUUCUUUCAGCAAACUCUGCUGCACUAAGCUGAGCCUUGAAGACUGGAUAAGCAAAAGUCCCCACCCAACAGGCCUCCUUUUCAAAUGUUCCUCUUGCCUUUGUUUUGGUGGAUUCUGCAAACAACUUAACAGGGGCAAAACAAAUGCUGUUUUCAUUCUGCUGGGGAACCUCCAGCCCUCAGGCCUCUUGAGGCUUGUCAGGCAACCCCCACUUAGCCAACAGGGCACUUUCGGCCGAGCCACACCCACCUAACCUACACCUGACACCAUAUAAGGCAUGGGGAGUGGAGCAGGUAGAACCCUGCUUCAGACAAAAGGGGGUUUGCAAGCACCACCAAUCAGCUGAUCAGCAGUGCCUGCAAAGCCCGAUGCAAAGUGCUCUAUAAUAUAGCGCUUUGAAAGGAGCUUCCAAGGUCCUCAGAAACCUAUUUCAAAGCGCUUUCUUGCACAGUGCUUUCCAAAGUGAUCAUAAGUUAUUGUACAAUUGUACAAUUUGAGCUCUUUAAAACAGCAAAAACCUUUGUCACCAAUAAGUUCAGAGGCGGAACUUUUUUUAAUGGUUCACUGCUUGUAAUUGUCAUAUGAUUGCUGCCACCCCAUCAUAUCCCACCAGAACUUAAGUGUUAAAUGACCUUACUGGUACCUGCCUAACUGUCCUGAUACAUGCUGCAACAUGGCUUCUGUUUCAAGCAAGAGAAAUGAGAGACGUGUCAAUUAAAAUGAACAGGUCAGGGAAUAAGGCACGAGAGCUUUGCCAUUGUCAGCAUUUUGUAUACAUUUUUCCAAUUGUUUCACGUGCAUUUCAUUUCUGUAUAUUGCAAUGUGCCCUCGUUGACAAAGAAUAAGUAAGUAUACA